AUGGCUCCUAAGAUGCAAUAUGUCCGCCUCGGAAAUUCGGGGUUGAAGGUCUCAAAGAUCAUCCUCGGCUGCAUGUCGUACGGCUCGAAGGAAUGGCAGGGAUGGGUUCUCCCUGAGGAAGAGGCCAUCAACCAUAUCAAGUUCGCUUGGGACCAUGGUAUCACGACCUUCGACACCGCCGACCUCUAUUCGCAUGGUUUGUCAGAGAUCAUCUUAGGGAAUGCGAUUAGAAAGCUGGAGCUCCCUCGGGAGGAGGUCGUUAUCAUGACGAAACUAUUCGCUCCAAUCCCAAAGGACCCCGGCACCGAUGUCCUUCGGAGUGGCAAGAAGCCGGAAGACAUCGGGAUUAUCAACCAGAAGGGCCUCAGUCGCAAGCACAUCUUCGACGGCGUGAAGGCAAGCCUCAAGCGACUACAGGUCGAUCACAUUGAUCUGCUGCAAUGUGCGUGA